GGUCCAACUGACAAAAAGACUUUUAUUUGCAACUACAAUAACUGCGGUAAAGCUUUCACCAGAAGAUACAAUAUAAGAUCUCAUAUUCAGACACAUUUAAGUGAUAAACCAUUCUCUUGCCCAUAUCCAUGUUGUGGCAAGGCCUUUGUCAGACAACACGAUCUUAAUAGACACCAAAAGAUUCAUUUGAGGAACCAAAAUGAAAUAUUUUGUGAAUGUGGAAAGACCUUUUGCAGAGUCGAUGCUCUAAAAAGACAC